AUGGGGAGGGGGGGUUUUUUAAGCGUAAGUGCUUUCUUUUGUGUUUGGUGGUGGUGGGGGGAGGAGGUUUCCUUGCCUUCCGGGGCACACUGCGACGCGCCGUAUUCUGAUGUCAGUGAUCCGGCGAGGACAAUCCGGACCAUGUUCACCAUCCACCUGUACCUGAAUGAUUCCAAGGCCGAGGUGGAAGGGGCGGAUUUGGUGGGGGGUGCCACGACGUUCUUUUCGAAUGAUGAAAAGAGGAGAAUCGACGUCAACCCAAAAGCUGGGCGGGUUCUCAUCUUUCAGCACAGGAGGCUGCUGCACUCGGGGGAUGAUGUGCUGGCUGGGAUCAAGUACACCAUGCGGACCGACAUUAUGUACGAGUUCAAGUACGCCGACUUUUCGGACGAGUAA